CUCUCUUAAACAUGGCCACCAUGAUGGAGUAAAUGCUACAACUUUAAAUUUCAGAUUUUUGAGGAAAACUAUUUUUUUCUCUUCUCUACAAGGAAUGUUUCGUCCGAAUAUACCUUACCAAACAUCACAUCUAUAUGAAAGCUUUGGGUAAACUUUCCUAUUGGAUUACGUUUUGAUAUAAGUUGGCUGGAACCUGGAAAGGAAAAAAAAGAAUUGCAUCAAUUCCAAUGUCAUCAGAGGACAAGAGUCUGGAGCCCUCUGACCAUGGACAGUCUCCUCCCCUGAGCAGUGCUGAGGCCACGCCCAUUGGGGCCACGCCCUCGGGGAGUCCAGCCCCCAGUGACCGUCGUCCCCGAGGCCGGCCUCGUAAGGAUGCGGGCUCUGCCAUUCAUGGGCCCAGACCCAAAAGGAAGUCGCGCAGUCGAGGUCGGGCGCAGGCAGAUGAUGAGGACAGCAUGGAUGGCAGUGAGCCUGCAGACACAGAGCCUCUUCAGGACAUGGAAAUGGCGGAACUGGAUCUGGAGGAGGAGGAGCCGCUCCGGCCGCUGCUCUAUUGCCCCGGCGACCUGCAGCCUCUCUCGCCGCUCUUCCAGCGUUCCGUGUCCGAGGACUCGGCUGGCUCGUCGGCCUCGGCCUCCGACAACGCCAAGACCAGUGAGAGGUUGUGUGCCUUCUGCUACUGUGGGGAGAGGAGUGUGCUGGGCCAGGGCGAUCUGAAGCUGUUCGGCCCAACGCCGGGGUACGUGCCGCUGCACAUCCGCAACCGGCACGGCAGCUCCGAGAAGGACGAUGACUACCAUGACGACGACAAUGAUUCUGAUGACAACGACCACAGCCAGAGCCCUGGCCAGCGCGAGAGUGGUCUUAAGAAGAUCAGCUCGCCAGACAGUGGCCUGCACUCGUCCUCGGCACCAGGCAGCUCUGACCCAUUUGGAGAGGAGCCGACGCGGCGGCCCUGGGACGAGCUAGGACAGAUUGGUCUCCCUGAUGACAUCAACGUCCAGUCACUCUUCGACCCCACUGGCCAGUGUUGUGCCCACCUGCGCUGUGCAGCCUGGUCGGAUGGUGUGUGUCGCACGGAAGGUCAGGUGCUGCUGUACGUGGACAAAGCAAUAGACUCAGGGAGCACAGAGCGGGUGGCUGGAGGUGUCAGAAUUGUCGGGUGUGUGCGCAGUGUGGCACUCGAGCCAACGGCCAGUGGUCAUCCGCCGGGCCGCUCUGUGACGAUUGCCAACGGCAACUGGACCCCAGCUCAUCCCUGCCCCCUCUGUGGGAGGAGCCUGGCUGCUGAAGCCCCUAAGGACCUGCUUACCUGCCACACCUGCAAGAGAUGGGUCCACCUAGAGUGUGAACGGCAGGGGAAGGAGGCCGACUGGGACCCGCGCUCGCAGGGCGGCUUCCUCUGCUCCGUCUGCAGGCAGGGCGAAGCGGAGGGCAGCCAGACACAGGGCAGCACCCCGCGCCACCCUCUCUCCCCCCUGCCCAGCGACCCCAACGCCUCAGAUGUCUUCAUGGCUGUGGAGGAGGAUGAGGAAAAGGUGGAGUUGGAGACAGAGGAGCAAGAGGAGCAAGUAGCCACAAAGACUGAGCAAGAGGAGGCUGAGGAGGUCCAGGAGGAGCAGAAGGCUGAGCCACAACUGCCUGUAGAGGAGACGGAGGAGGAGGAGGAGAAAGCGGUAGUGGUCGAGGAAGAGAAACAGGAGGAGGAGAAACAGGAAGAGGAGAUGCAGGAGAAACAGGAUGAGAAGAAGCAGGAGGAGGAGGCGAAGGAAGAGGAGAAGAUGGAGGAGGGGAAAGAGGAGAAGGAGAUGGAGCAGGAGAAAGAGGUGGCAAACAUCACAGAACAGCCAAAGGAGAAGGAGGAGCUGAUCACAGAGGACUCUCAGCAGGGCAUAGAUGAGUCAACAAUCACAGAGGAGUCGACGGGUACAGAGGAGUGUACGGCCACAGAGGAGUCGACGGCGGGCACAGAGGAGUGUACGGGCACAGAGGAGUCGACGGCGGGCACAGAGGAGUCGACGGCCAUAGAGGAGUCGACGGCGGGCACAGAGGAGUGUACGGCCAUAAAGGAGUCGACGGCGGGCACAGAGGAGUGUACGGCCAUAAAGGAGUCGACGGCGGGCGCAGAGGAGUGUACGGCCAUAAAGGAGUCGACGGCGGGCACAGAGGAGUCGACGGCGGGCACAGAGGAGUCGAUGGGCGUAGAGGAGUCGACGGUCACAGAAGAGUCGGCAGUCACAGAAGAGCAGGUGGAGCAGGAGGAGAAGGCUGAAGAGCAGCUGGCAGCGAAGGAAUGGGAGGGAGUGGAAGAGGAAGAGGAGAAGGGAGGAGGUGCAGGACGUCACACUGGGAGCAGGAGGCUAGUGCCAGCCCCAACACCAGAUGACCUGCAAGAGGAGAAGAAAGAGUCUCCAUCAGCUGAACCUGCUCAAGAGAUCCAGGUGACGGUGACGCUGACUGAGGGGGCCGAGUCCCCCCAGCACUCCUCGUCCCUCGGAGUGUCGUCGCUCUCGCAGGACCCCACUUCUCCGGAAAACUCCCCUCAAGACCCCGAGGUCCCCGACGCCAUGGAGACAGAGAGAGUCGUAGCCGCUGAGGACGAAUCCAUGGAGGUGUGUCCCUCAGAACCAUCGGUCACCAAUGGUGACCCGAUCAGAGAGAUUGUUCCAGAACCAUCGCCUGAAGUUCAGAAUGUGCCUGGACUCCGUCCCCUUCCAGGAUGCGGACACUGGCUGCGUGGCAGACGCGGACGUAGAUGGCGACGUGGACAUGACACCACGCCGGUCAGCGAGCACGGUUUCUCGGGCUUCGGCUCGCCGCCCGGCGACGACAAGAGCCUCAAGUUCUCCCCGGGGUUCUCGUCGGAAGGGUCCUCUCGGCUAGCCCGCUCGCCCUUCUCUACUGAGGCCUCCCCCAGGGAAGGCUCCCUGCCCCGGCCCACUGCACGCCCACGCAGCCCCCCCCCAACCACCACGUUCAUUCCCCUCACCCCCAAAAUCGGCAUGGGCAAGCCGGCCAUCUCCAAGAGGAAGUUCUCACCGGGCAGACCAAGAGUGAAACAGGGAGCAUGGAGUAACCGUAGCGCCGGGCGUUCCCCCUCCUGGUCCCCCGAGUAUGGGGAGUGCGGGGACGGUCCCAGGACCCGGCUUCUCCAGGGCACGCCCGUCUGGACCGUGAGAGUGGGCCGAGGUUCAGGGUCUGGCAGGCGGCGGCCCAGGGGGGCCAACCUGUCUGGCCGAGGGGGCCGAGGACGCUCAAGACUCAAGGCCGACAGCAUCCCUCCAAUCAUCCCUGGGGUGAGUGCUGUGGAGCAGCCUUUUGUGCUGAGAGAAGAGGAGAACUCCAUGCACAACACUGUGGUCAUGUUCUCCAGUUCAGACAGCUUCACACUCAAACAAGACAUGUGUGUGGUGUGUGGGAGCUUUGGUCAGGGAGAAGAGGGCCGGCUACUAGCGUGCUCUCAGUGUGGGCAGUGCUACCACCCCUACUGCGUCAACAUCAAGAUCACUAAGGUGGUGCUGAGUAAAGGCUGGCGCUGUUUAGAGUGCACAGUGUGCGAGGCAUGUGGACAGGCGACCGAUCCCGGGCGUCUGUUGCUAUGCGAUGACUGUGACAUCAGCUACCACACCUACUGCCUGGACCCGCCCCUACAGAAUGUGCCCAAAGGCAGCUGGAAGUGCAAGUGGUGUGUGUCGUGCACACAGUGCGGGGCCACGACGGCGGGCGUGCGCUGUGAGUGGCAGUGUAACUACACGCAGUGCGGCCCCUGCGCCAGCCUGGCCGUGUGCCCGGUGUGCGUGCGCAGCUACCGCGAGGACGACCUCAUGCAGUGCCGCCUCUGUGACAGGUGGGUCCACGCCUCGUGUCAGGGUCUGAACACUGAUGAGGAGGUGGAGAGCGCAGCGGACGAUGGUUUCGACUGCUCCAUGUGUCGCCUGCACGCGUCAGGCCAAGGUGGCGUGACGGUGACACUCAGUGAUCGGAUCGAAUCUCCCAUCGUAGCACAAAUCAUCACCAAAGUGAAAGAGCCAGAGUACCAGAAGACGUAUACGCAGGACGGUGUGUGUCUGACGGAGUCGGGCCUGAGCCAGCUGCAGGCGCUCUCUGCCCCGGCACCGCGGCGACGCCGGCCCAAACCCAAACUCAAGCUCAAGAUCAUCAACCAGAACAGCGUGGCCGUGCUCCAGACCCCACCGGACCCCAUGUCCGAGCUGUCCCGCGACGGGGACCUGUACGACAGCCGAGAGGGCGACCUGCUUUUGGACUGCGAAGGCAAGUCUGACUCCAGCCCCGAGCGAGAGCCUGCUGAGGUUCGUCAAGGGGAGGAAGGCACCGACGGCAACAAGAAGAGGAAGAGGAAGCCAUAUCGGCCAGGUAUUGGUGGGUUUAUGGUCCGUCAGAGGAGUCGAACCGGCCAAGGCAAAGGCAAACGAUCCCUGAGCAGGAAGGACUCGUCUGGCUCGCUCAACGACAAUCCUGUGGGGAAAGAGGAGGGCUGGAAUGAACCCGACACCCCCGUGGACGAGACGGCGCCCCCUACAGAGGCCCUGGAGAAGAAAAAGAAAUACAGGAGGAAGAAGACGCAGCUGGAGGAGGCCUUCCCCUCCUAUCUCCAGGAGGCCUUCUUUGGGAAGGAACUGCUGGACAAGAGCAAGCAGAGCAGGCAGGCCCUGGAGCCCGGACUUCUGAUCCAUGACCACGGGGCCAUCCUCGCCGAGACCAAACCCCCCAGUGCCAUCAGUCGCUUCCUGGACCCCUCCUGUGACCCGCUGCUCAGCGCCACGGCAACCGGGAGCAGCAGCACCACCGCCACGCCGGGCUCCACCAAGACCCGCACACUGCCCCAGGCAGGGGAGGAUCCGCUAGCGGACCUGGUGCUGGGUUCUGACGACGACCUGCUGGGGAUGCUCUCAGACAACCUGGGCAAGCCAGGCCAGGAUACAGGUCUUGAUUUCUGCCCUUUCCAGGUUGACCGCUCUUCCUCUCCGUUCGCUGGUCUGGACAUCGGGGGUCUCUCGGAACACCCCUCGGUCACUGCCCACCCCUCGGGCCCCGCCCGUGGCUCACGCCCCUUACAGGAGGAGCCUCUGGACGCCAUCCUGAGCCCCGAACUGGACAAGAUGGUGACGGACGGUGCAAUCCUCAGCAAGCUCUACAAAAUUCCAGAGCUGGAGGGGAAGGACGUGGAGGAUCUCUUCACCGCUGUGCUGAGCCCCAGCACCAGCCAGCCUCCGCCUCUCCCCCACCCUCCCACAGCCAACCCCAUCCCUAGUGCCCCGGGCACAGGAAUGCCUCUGCAGAACUCAGACAGCGGAAUGUUUCCCCGCAUGCCCAUGAUGAACGGCAUGAUGGGACCCAAUCCCGUCUUCCCGCAGACUCCCAUGCUGCCCGGCGCACCAGGACCCUGUGGCCAGGGCGGCUUCUCCCCCCUCCAACGGAUGCCCUUCCCCGACAUACGGGAGAAAAACUUUGGCCAGAUGGGGGGAGACAUGGCCGGUCCAUGGCCCCCUGCGGUCCCUGGCUCAGUCCCAGGCCCCAUGGCCCCCCCGGAGCCCGAAGCCGACACCAUGUCCAACGCGCAGAGGAGCACGCUGAAGUGGGAGAAGGAGGAGACCCUGGGGGAGAUGGCCACCGUGGCCCCGGUCCUCUACACCAACAUCAACUUUCCCAACUUGCCAGAGGAGUUUCCAGACUGGGCCACUCGAGUCAAACAGAUUGCGAAGCUUUGGAGGAAGGCGAGUUCCCAGGAGAGGCAGCCCUAUGUGCAAAAGGCUCGAGACAACCGGGCAGCACUCCGCAUAAACAAAGUCCAGCUGUCCAAUGACACCCUGAAGAGACAGCAGCAGCAGGUGCCGGACCCCUUUGACCCCAGCGUCCCCUUGGAAACCGAGGCCAUCUUCAAAGACCCGCUCAAGCACAAGGAGUCGGAGCAUGAGCAAGAGUGGAAAUUCCGACAGGGAGAGAUAAAUCACAUGAGGGGACCCCUUAAGAAGCAACAGGAAAAGGUCCCAAAAAGCAAAGCCAUAAAAUCAACAAAUAAAGACGUCCUUUUUGGACAUUCCAACCAGGCAACUAUAGCUGCAGGAAGUGGAAAAAUUUCUCUGCAAAUGAGACAAAAGAGCAAACAGCAAGCCAAGAUCGAAGCCACUCAAAAGCUGGAGCAAGUUAAAAAUGAGCAACAGCAGCUGCAGCAGCAGCAACAACAACAGCAGCAACAGCAGCAGCAGAAUUUUCCCAGUGGUGGUCAGUCUGGUGGCGACACCCCCACCAGUGGCAACCAGAGCCCCAGGACCCCCCAGCCCAGCGGCGGGGGCAAUGCCUCCCCCCUGCAGCCCAAAGAUGGUGGCUUUGCACGGCCGCAGCUGCCCGGCACGCCCACCUCGGCGUCGGAUGACGUGUUCCUGCGGCCACAGCUCCCACCGCCAUCUGCCUCUUCCGCCUCCAAGACGCCCACUCAGGAGGGAGCCUACCCCCAGGGCCCAGCCUCCCAGCCCCAGUCUCCUCAGCAGAUGUUCUCCCCUGGCGGCUCGUCGACGGGCUCCCGGCCCUCCUCGCCCUGGGACCCCUACGGCAAGAUGGUGGGGACACCUCGGCCGCCCACGUCGGGCUCCACCACCCCACGCCGGGGCUCAGAUGCGCAGGAGAGGGGCCGCCCGUGCCCGUCCCCGGCCUACGAGGGCUUCGGCUCGCCCACGUCAGCUCCGGACCCCUACGCCAAGCCCCCGGACACCCCAAGACCCGCCGACCCGUUUGUGAAGCCCAUGGGUCCCCCUAGGAUGAUGAGCGGGAUGGGGGGUGAUCCCCAGCAGCAGCAGCCUCAGCAGGGCCAGGGCAGGCACAUGAUGGGGCCCAUGGCGUCUGGAGAUUCGUUCGGCAGGCCCAAUCAGAGGGCGGAGGCGUACCAGCGCAUGUCCCACAGCCGCAUGGUCCUCUCUGACCCGUACGCGCGUCCACUGCUCGCUCCCAUCCCUGGCAGCAACGAGUCGGGCUCCGUACCUCUCUUCAAGGCCCCCAUGCCCCCAGGACAGCAUCAACAGGAGGCCUUUGGCUCCAUGCCCCCUCAAGGGCUUCGCAGGGGGCCUAUAGACCCGUACGAGAGGCCGCCUCUGACCCCCAGGCCAGCAGAUGGCUUUCAGCAGGGUCAGCAGCCAGACCCAUACGCCCAUCAGCCCCUGACGCCUCACCCGUCCAUGGGAGCUGACGGCUACGGCAACGAGCCUCGAAUGAUGCGCCAGCAGCCGGGUGGGCAUUUCCCCAUGCCCAGGCACCCCCACAGCAAUCCUUACGCACAGGCACCCUCCACCCCCAGACCUGACUACUCGCAGCAGAUGCCUGACCCCUACGCACAACCACCGGGCACCCCUAGGCCCUCACCGGACCCUUAUGCCCAACCACCGGGCACCCCUAGGCCAGUGGACCCUUAUGCCCAGCCACCGGGCACCCCAAGGCCCUCUGCGGACAUGUACGCCAUGCCUCCAUCCACUCCCCGACCGCCCCCCUUGGAUCAGUUCUCACAGCCUCAGCCGAUGAGCCGCAGGCAGUCCCCCUCCCACGCCAUGGACCCGUAUGCCCAGAUGCCUGGCACACCUCGACCUUUGCCGGGAGAGAGGUACCCCAAAUCCCCUGGAGCUCAGAGAAGCGCAGACCCCUACGCCCAACCACCAGGGACUCCCAGACCGCAAAGCAAGCCAGACCUGUACGAUCAACCGCCCGGCACGCCCAGGCCGGUUCUCUCUAGCCCAGACGCCUUCUCUAGACCUGGGUCCAGACCAGGCUCCAUGCCCCAUCCUGGCGAGCCGUUCUCCCAUCAGGCUCAGGGGAGGAUGCAGGAUGCGUUUGGCAGACCCCAUGGAUCACAGACCCCUAAGCACUCAGGAAUGUCUGACGAUGGCUUCUCGUUGCCUCAGACUCCUCACCCUAGCCAGACUCCGGUCCACGAUCCGUGCGAACAGGCUCCCAUGACCCCUUGCCCUCAGGCAGGAGACCGACCAGUCCAAGGUGUUCCACAGUCCCCCGGUGCCGCAGAUGUCAUGCAGCCCCCAAUGGGCGACUCUGAAGACAAGACAAAACGCCAGUUACUACGUCAGCUGAUCCUGAGGCAGCAGCAGAGGAAAGUCCAGCAGGAAUUGCCCACCAACACUGCUGUCCCUGCCAUGGCCAGUGCGCCCGGAACCCCCCGCCACUGGUCACAGGAAGACUCCUCAGCGCAGCCAGACUUCUUUGGCAGACCCCCUCCUCCGUACCCAGGCACCAUGAGGGGACCCCCCAGGUUCCCGGGUCAGUUUGUGGGGGAGCAGCGAGGGCCGUUUCCCCACGACGGUCAGAUGCCCCGGCCGCCAUUCUCCAGAGAGAUGGUCGCCAUGGGAAUGAGGCCGCAGGGCCAGAGGUUUGGAUUUCCUCAAGGGGCACCAGGACAGGAGCAGUUAAUGAGGCCCCCACAUCAGAUGCCAGGUGGGCACAUGGCUCCUGAGAACAUGCCCCCUCAGAUGCGCCGCUCCCUCUCCAUCGACCUUGCCCGUCCCAUGGGGGGCAACGCCCAGAUGGGGCUUCCCCAGCACUUCCCCCCGCGGGCGCUCCCCAUGCAGCAGCACAACAUCAUGGGCCAGCCCUUCAUCGAGCUCCGGCACCGGGCCCCCGAGAACCGCAUGAGGCUCCCCUUCCGGCCCCUCGGCCCCAUGGACCACCCCAACCAGCCAGGCCAAAGGCCCCCCCAAGGCUUCAUGCCUGGCCAGGAGAUGGGCUUUGUCGGGCCCCAAGGCCAGAGAAUGAUUGAUCCCAUGCUGGGGCAACCUCAGCAAGGAGCACCAGGCCCCAUGCAGAUGGGAGCUAACAUGGAGGCCAUGCAGCAGCAGCAGCACCAACAACAUCAUCAUCAGCAGCAGCAGCAUCAUCAUCAUCAGCAGGCUAACAUGCAAAUGAAUGCUGGCCAGCAACAUCCAACGCUCAGCAGGUCCAUGAGUCAGCCGAUCCAGAGCGAGACACUCCACAACACGCCCCAGCCAGCUCUCCUCCCAGCGGCUACUCAGCCAGAGGAGCUGCCCCUGCCCACUGCAGAGGGCAUUGAGGAGAAGCUCGACGCAGACGACUCGGCAGUGAAGGACCUGGAGGACGUGGAGGUGAAGGACUUAGUGGACGAUGACCUGGAGACCCUCAACCUCGAUGGCGAGGAUGGCCUCCACCUGGACGACUUCCUGACGUCGGGGAAGUUUGACCUCAUCGCCUACGCCGACCCGGAACUCGACCUCGAGGACAAGAAGGACAUGUUCAAUGAGGAGCUGGAUCUGGCCGAUCCUAUGGAAGAUGACCACGGAGAGGCUUUAGACAUUCAGAAAGCCUUGUCUGAGAAAAGAAACACCCACCAAGACGGAGCAGCUGCAACAGCGUCGUUGUCUCAGCCGGCAGGCAAAGCGGACAACCUCCAGAUGUCCGAUCAGGUCAAGAAAGAAGACUGUGCCCCGAGAGAAGGCAUGGUGUACGGUGGCAAGACCAUUAAGACCGAAGUCAAACCAUGUCCAGUGAGCAGUCAUGACCCUAGCAGUAUGUGCGGACCUCCCAUGAACACCAGUGGAAUCUCAGGGGAUCACACUGGCCUGUUUGGAGCGUCAGCUCAGCCUUCGUCUGACCCACUGUCCGGUUCCGCUCCAGUUCUCUCCAGUCUGCUCAUCAAGGAGAAGCUGGAGGACUCUGGGCUUGGCGCUGCGGCCGCCUCCCCUCACCAAACCACCCACGGGCAAGGCCUGCAGCAGGUCAUGUCCAUGAUGCCGGGUCAACCGCUAGACCACGGCAUGAACCCCGCCAUGGGUUUGGGCCACAGGAUGGAUCCCUCCCUGGACCAGGGAGCCCCGUCGCUGACCAACCCAAACAUGAUGCAGCCUGCCAACCCCAAGCUGCCGGUCCCUGGGUUCGGGGGCCCCUCCACAGGGCAGCAGGUGGACCUGAACAUGCCCAUGAUGGGGGGCCAGCUACCUGCUGGACCUCACGGUCUGGGCAGGCAGACCCAGCAGGGGAUGUUCCCUCUCGCAGGAAUGGGCCAGCAGCAGCAGAAGGCACCACCUCCAGGAUCUGCUCCUGUGUCACAGCUAUCACAAUCACAGCUACAAAACAGGCCGCUGCUCCUGGAAGAGCAGCCACUCCUGCUGCAGGACCUGCUGGACCAGGAGAGGCAGGAGCAGCAGCAGCAGAGGCAGAUGCAGGCCAUGAUCCGCCAGCGCUCCGACACCUUCUUCCCCAACGUCGACUUUGAUGCCAUCACAGAUCCCAUCAUGAAAGCUAAGAUGGUGGCACUGCAAGGCAUCAAUAAGGUUAUGGCCCAGAACCCAUUGGCCAUGGGCCCCAUGGUGAUGAACAGGAUCCAGCAAAUCCCAGGAGCACACGUUCCAGAAGCUGCUGCUGCUGCUGCAGGAGCUCCACACCUAUUCGGACAGGACGGGAAACUGGCCACGCAGUUGGCAAGACCUAAUCCUCCAAAUUUCGGCCCCGGAUUUGUCAACGAUACGCAGAGGAAGCAGUACGAGGAGUGGCUGCAGGACACCCAGCAGCUGCUGCAGAUGCAGCAGAAGUUCCUGGAGGAGCAGAUCGGCUCCCACCGCAAGUCCAAGAAGGCGCUGUCGGCCAAGCAGCGCACGGCCAAGAAGGCCGGCCGCGAGUUCCCCGAGGAGGACGCCGAGCAGCUCAAGCACGUGACCGAGCAGCAGAGCAUGGUGCAGAAGCAGCUGGAACAGAUCCGCAAACAGCAGAAAGAGCAUGCCGAGCUCAUCGAGGAGUACCGAGUCAAGCAGCAGCAGCACAACCUCCAGCACCCUAUGAUGCCUCCCAUGCCAGUUAUGCCACCCCAGGCCCCUGGCAUGAUGCCAGGCCAAGGCCCCGGACCGGGACCAAUGAAUCAGCCUAUGAUGGGCCCCAUGAUGGGGAUGCAGCCCCACCCUGGCCAGCCUAACCCUCCCCAGCGCAUGCCCAUCAUGCCCAAUAUGCCCAACAUGCCAGGCUGGCACCCCGGCCCUGGAGGACCCAUGGGUGUGGGCGGAGGCCCUCGGUUGCCGGCUCUCAUGCCGCCCCAGAUGCCCCCUGCCAACCCCGCCCAGCAAGUUCCCCCUCAGCAGCCCCCUGCGCCCCCCAUGGUGCCAGGCGCGGCCAAGCCCACUCCGAUGGCCGCGGCAGGCAUGGCCGCCAGCGGAGGAUCCGCCGGUGCUGGAGGUGCCGCUGCCGCUGCCGCUGGCGGUCCAUCCCCUCACGUGAAGUUCGACGACAACAACCCGUUCAGCGAGGGCUUCCAGGAGCGGGAGCGUCGCGAGCGUCUCCGCGAGCAGCAGGAGCGCCAGCGGGUGCAGCUCAUGCAGGAGGUGGAGCGCCAGCGUGCCUUGCAGAAGCAGAUGGACAUGGGCAUGGGCGCCGCAGACGCCUCGUCUGCCGCGCCGGUGUCCACGCCCGCCCCCGGACCCAGAGACGCCAGCCUGGCACAGAUGCCCUUCUACAACAGCGAGCUGCCACAGGACUUCCUGCAGCCUACUCGGCCCACUCAACAACAGCAGCAGAUGCAACAGCAACAAAUGGGGGCCAUGUUUACGCAGCCCCAGCAGGCUGGCAUGGACUUCAUCGGUGCCCCUGGCCAGGGUUUCAUGCAGGGCAACCAGCAGAGGCCUGGAACAGGCAAUGGAGGCUUCAGCCCAGACAUGGGCCCUAAUUUUCGGGGGAAGAGCCCCAUGAUGGCCGGGCACGGCUUCCCACAGGGCCAGCCCCAACGGCCCACAGGGUUUGCCGGACCCCCCGGCAGCGGCCACCCACAGCAGGCUCCCGGCGGAGACGGCUCGGCGUUCGGGAUGGACUCUCCCUCGACGCCGCUGCCCCCGAACUACCCCGGUUCGGGCCAGUCGCUCAUCCAGCUGUACUCCAACAUCAUCCCGGAGGAGAAGGGCAAGAAGAAGCGCAGCCGCAAGAAGAAGAGCGCCAAGGACGACGACGCCGACUCGGUCCGCACGCCGUCCACCCCGCACUCGGACAUCACCGCUCCGCUCACCCCCCGCACCCCCUCCACUCCAACCCGCGCCUCCUCCACGCUGGCCGGGGAGCCUGACCUGUCCACCGACACCUUCGCCGGCCUGGCCCCCGCCUCUGAGCUGGAGCGCCAGCUCUCGUCUGUGGGGGGAGGCCACGGCGGUCCCUCCCUGCUGAGCCGUCAGUGCAGCGGGGGCUCCAUGGAGGCAGCCGACAGGCAGCACCCAGGACAGCUGCACGAGGUGAAACUGGAGAAAAUAGAGGCCAGCGAGUGCCACGGACCUCCAGACCUCCACAGGAUGGUCAAACAGGAAGCGGGUCAGGAACUUACCUUGCCCAACCUGGGAGGAAGUGACGCCUCGGGCAAUGAGCUGCUCAAGCACCUGCUGAAGAACAAGAGCACCCCUCCUCCUUCCCAGGGCCCCCCGCACCAGACACCCCCUCUGCAACACCAGACCUCUCUGGACAGCCUGCGCUCAGAAGACGACAUGCCCAACGACAGCAAGAGCAUGCUCAAAAUGGGAGCUCAGACGGUGAAGCCCGAGCUUCUGGAAGCUUCCGGGCCGGAGCAGGGCAAACGCAAGCAGCAGCGCUACAAGCGCGGGCCCAAGACCGGAAUGGAGAAGCCGCCGUCCCGCUACAAGAAGAGGAAGAAAGAGGAAGAGGAACGCCAAAUAGCCUACUCCAACACCGACUCGCUUAUGAGCCAGCUCAAACAGCAGUUGACCAUGCUUCCCCUCAUGGAGCCUCUGAUCGGCGUGAACUUUGCCCUUUUCCCGCCCUACGGCAGCAGUGGGCAGCUGAACGGGGAGAACCGCCUGUCCGGCUCCUUCGGCAGCGCCACGCUGGACGGCGUCUCGGACUACUACUCACAGCUGGUCUACAAGCAGAGCAACCUGAGCAAUCCCCCCACGCCCCCAGCCUCACUGCCCCCAACCCCACCCCCAGUGGCUCGGCAGAAGAUGGUCAACGGCUUUGCUACAGCUGAGGAGCUGGCCAGGAAAGCAGCGGUCAUGGGUAGGCAUGGGGUGCCCAAGUCCCUGGGUCCUAAACCCUUGCCCACCCCGUACCACCCUGAGGAUGACCUGCUGGCUCAGACCAUCUCCCAGGGGCCCAAGACGGUGGACGUGCCUGCCUCGUUGCCCACCCCACCCCACAACAACCAGGAGGAGCUCAGGGGGCAGGAACACUGUUCGGACAGGGACACCCCUGACAGCUUUGUGCCGUCCUCGUCUCCCGAGAGCGUGGUCGGCAUGGAGAUCAGCCGCUACCCAGACCUGUCGCGUGUCAAGCUGGAGCCGCCCUCACCGGCCACCUCACCUCUCCUGCCCAUGCUGCCACCUGCCAGUGGGAAAGGUUCAGAAAUCAGGAAGUGGGAGGUGAAGACGGAACCUACCGGCCCUUUCUUUGGCUCCUCCUUUGGCCUUCCAUCUUCAUGUUCCAAAAGUGACCUGGUGUCCAUCGCCAUCACCCUCAACUCUGCCGCAGCCGAUAAUGUUCCGGGGGUGGUGGCGGCAGUGGCCAACCUGUUGCGCGUGCCCAUCCCCAACACCUACGACGAGAACCGCAUCCCAGAGAGGAGCUCGCUGGCUCUGCUCGCCGGGGUGAAGGUACCCCCCUCUCAGGGCGCGCUCUUCUCCCAGCAGCACCUCCACAGACCCCCAGCUCCCCCUGGCCCCCCGGGGAUGAUCCAGGGGCCUCCACUGACCCUCGGACGCCUACCCAGCACUGGUAAGACCUACUCCUGCCAAGGAGGCUCAACAGGGAGACAUGACUAUCAGAUGGGAAAUUCCAGCGCUAGCCCUGGACCCAAGGCCCAGUGGUGCUGCCACUGCAAGGUGGUGGUCCUGGGAAAUGGAGUCCGCAAGUCCACCAAAGACCUGCCUUGUGCCAAACUGGAGGGUCAGGUCAAGUUGGAGGGCACCCUGGUGUUCUGCAGUCACAGCUGCUUCCUGCUCUACUCUGCCGCCCUGCAGGCCAAGAUCUCCAACAGCAAGCCGUCUGUGGCGAUGCCGUCUGAUGCCAGCUCGGUGAUGGGCAGCCCGUCCAAGGUGCUGCACGCCUACAGCAACAACAUGUCCUCCCUGGACGUGCAUUGCCUGGCCCAGCUUCAGCCCAAGCAGUCUCCUCCAUCCUCCCCACCCAUCCACUUCCCCACGCUGUCUCCUGCCGAUGGGUCCACUUCUGGCACCGCCGCUGACCGACUGGAGCCCAAGUCCGACCCAGCGUUCAAGUUCACGGUCAAGCUGAAGCCACGUCUGCGAGCCGUCCACCUCGAGGAUGGCUCGUUGGUGGCGGGGGUGGGUCCGAGGGGCCACACGCCGGCCAAGCGAUGGAAGGGCCACCGCUGGCGCAAGUGGAGCGUCCAGAUCCUGGUGGCGCGGAGCAGGGGCGUCCCGCCCCUGCCGGGGAAAGGCGGGCGUCUGGAGGACGAGAAGCGGCUGCCCGCCGAAGGCCCCGGGGCGUCGUGGCUGCGCCCGGAGCCGAUGCCGCGCGACCACCGCCGCUGCUGUCUGUGCCAGCGCCGCGGCGACGGCGAGACGGACGGUCCGGCGCGCCUCCUCAACCUGGACCUGGACGUGUGGGUGCACCUGAACUGCGCGCUGUGGUCCAGCGAGGUGUACGAGACGCAGGCGGGCGCGCUCAUCAACGUGGAGCUGGCCCUCCGCCGCGGCCUGGCACUGCGCUGCGCCCACUGCCAGCAGACGGGCGCCACCAGCGGCUGCCACCGCCUGCGCUGCGCCAACGCCUACCACUUCACCUGCGCCCUGGAGGCCCACUGCGUUUUCUUCAAGGACAAGACCAUGCUGUGCCACGUGCACCGGCCGCGCGGCACCGAGCGAGGAGGCUCGGGCGGCGGGAUGGGCGGAGGCGCGGGCGGUGCGAUGGUCCCGGGGAUGGACCAGGAGCUGCACUGCUUCGCCGUCUUCCGCCGCGUCUACGUGCAGCGCGACGAGGUGCGCCAGCUGGCCAGCAUCGUGCGGCGCGGCGAGCGCAACAGCACAUUCCGCGUGGGCAGCCUGGUGUUCCACGCCGUGGGUCAGCUGCUGCCCGGUCAGAUGCAGGCCUUCCACGCGCCGGGCGCCAUCUACCCGGUGGGCUACGAGGCCAGCCGCCUCUACUGGAGCAUGCGGCAGGCCCACCGCCGCUGCCGCUACGUCUGCGCGGUGGACGAGCGCGACGGCCUGCCUGAGUUCAGCAUCCGCGUGGUGGAGCAGGGCUACGAGGAUCUGGUGCUCACCGACACCACACCCAAAGGCGUGUGGGAUCAGGUCCUAGGGCCCAUGGCCGAGUGCCGUAACGAGACCGGCAUGCUGAAGCUCUUCCCCGUCUACCUGAAGGGCGAGGACCUCUUCGGCCUCACCGUCUCCUCCGUCACCCGCAUCAUCGAGUCGCUCCCGGGAGUGGAGGCGUGUGAGCGCUACACGUUCCGCUACGGCCGCAACCCCCUAAUGGAGCUGCCCCUGGCUAUCAACCCCUCUGGCUGUGCUCGUUCUGAACCUAAGGCAUGCACUCAUGUCAAGAGGUUUGUGUUAAGGCCUCACACCCUGACCAGUGGCAGCGCUGCCAAGACCCUGCAGAGUGGUUCAGACCCGGUGCAGAUGGGCGCCCCCUACAGCAAGCAGUUUGUCCACAGCAAGUCCUCCCAGUACCGCCGCAUGAAAGCCGAGUGGAAGAGCAACGUCUACCUGGCCCGCUCUCGCAUCCAGGGUCUGGGCCUGUACGCGGCGCGGGACCUCGAGAAGUACACCAUGGUGAUCGAGUACAUCGGCACCCUCAUCCGCAAUGAGGUGGCCAACCGCAAGGAGAAGAUGUAUGAGGACCAGAAUCGUGGUGUCUACAUGUUCCGCAUUGAUAGCGAGCACGUAAUUGAUGCAACCAUCACAGGAGGGCCAGCCAGAUACAUCAACCACUCCUGUGCACCGAAUUGCAUCGCAGAGGUCGUGACCUUGGAGCGAGGCCACAAGAUCAUCAUCAGCUCCAACCGUCGAAUCCAACGAGGAGAGGAGCUGUGUUACGACUACAAGUUUGACCUGGAGGACGACCAGCACAAGAUUCCCUGUCACUGUGGAGCCGUCAACUGCCGCAAGUGGAUGAAUUAAAGGCCAUCAUGGGGGCAGAGGCCUCGGCCAGCGACCUCCAAUACAUGCAUUCCUACUUCUUGUUUUGUAUCAGUUUUUUUCUCUUUGUAUUGUUAUUAUUUCUGUUAUUAUUUUUUCUCUCCCUUGGCCCUUUUGUGAAAAGGGAGCAUUGUGUGACACCUACACGACUAUCAGGGCAAAGAUACUGACCGCAGAACUGUACAAGGUCCAAGGUGGGACAGGGGUCAGGGUGGGAAUGAGGGGGGUUGGGGUUAAAGCUUAUUUGGCAAAUGUCAAAAGCAUUCUUAGGCACAAAGACAAUUUUCUUUUCUGGAGGAAGGUUAUAGGGUGUUAAAGGGGGCAACUUCAGGUCCUUUCACAUACACAAACUGGGUGGAGCCCUGGUAGAUGUUAAUGAAUGUGCUCCCACCCCCCCUUAAGGAAAAUAAUGAGGCUAUGCUGGGGAGUGUGGUUGCAGUGAGUGGGGAUGUCGGGAGGGGAGCGAGUGUGGUUUCGGGAAUGUUGGAGGUUACUCACCAGCUGACCAGCGGGUCAGAGAGUAGUGUGCUGGCCGCAGCCUUAUUAUAGUACUAAAGAGGCGGGAUCCUCUGCACUCAGAAAUAUAAAAAACAAGAUAUAUACAGAAAUCUAGUUACAGAAAUGUAGACACCACUGAACAAGGAAUGUACGGAGGGGGGAAUUCCUUUGGGAUAGAACUAAGGGAAAACAAAACUUGCACUAAAAGAAAAAAACAACAAAAAACAUUUACAGUUGAAAUACUUGAUUCCAUGAGUCAGUUUAUUUGUGUCUUUUUUUUGUUGUUGAUUUCUGUAAAAUAAGAGGUCUUUUGUAUUUAUUGAAUGAAACUAUUUUUUAAAAUGCGCAGAAUGAGAAAAAGUGUGUAGGCAUGGCUUCUUUUGCCUACAAGUGUGGUGGGAUGUGCUACUUUAUAUCACAUGUAAAUAUUGUCUAAAAUGUCUAAAUAUAUGAAAAAAUGGAAAUCACACAAAAAAUGUUGAAAAAAAUCGACCAAAUGCUACCUUGUUUUCAUGUUUUUUUGUUUUUUUGGGGGGGGGUAUUUUUUUUUUGUCAGGUAAAACAGAAAAGGAGAACUAUUUAAGAAGGAUGUCAUAAUAUCAUUUGAGAUUCUAUGUUGUGUAUAAAUCUGUACAGAAUGUGUAAAAACACAAAUCAAAGUAUUUUUGUUGUACUUAAGAAUGUAGUAUGGAUCUGGAGUAAAAAUGUUUUUUUUUGAAGAAUAACUGCUUGUUUCAUGCAUCAUUACACGCAAUCAGAUUACACCAAUCACAAGAGAGAAUGUGAGAAAGUUUUGUUUAUUUUUUUGGGGUUGCAGAAAUUUUGAAUAACUGUGAACUAUAUUUUGUCCUCCCAAGACCCCAAACAAAGACAAUGUCCAACUCCAGAGCUAGUUGGCUCGAAUGUUUCUUUCCAUAAUAAUAAUAAAAAAACAUUAAUGUCUAUUAAAAAUGAAAAGAUGUAAAAUAUUUUUGUUUAUUUUCUAUUUACAUUUGCUUUGGCGGAGAUAUGCUGUUUGUGUCAAUGAACUGAGCAGAAAGACAUAGUAUGAUUUUUUUGUUUGGAGUUUUGAACUCAUGCUCUUAGGAUCUGGUACUGGGGCUAACCAGUAUGAUAUGAAGUCAGUUUUCUAUGGUCUGCAUAUCAUCUGUGGACUACAAACAUUGAUACUCGCACAGUCUUGAACUUGUAACAUACUUUCGCAUGGUGUAUUUUUUAAACUUUCAAAAGAAAUCAAUUGUACAUACUUUCUCUGGUUGUAAUGAAUUUUUUGCCUCUUGGGAAUUUUUUUCUCUCUCCCUACUUGUACAAUAUUCAGACAUCUUAACAGUAUUUGUCUUUUUUUCUUUAUUAUGUACAGUAGUACCUAAUGUUUCAAAAUGAAGCCUUUUUUGAAUUAUACAGUGUGAUGGAUUUUGGAGUUUGUGGAAUCAGAUUUAGGAACAUUUACAAAAAAAAUAAAUAUUUUACAUCUU